UACUUUCUCAGUCUGCUCCUUGUUGAAUUGUUUGUGCUAGUAGAAAGAAUUCUUCUUUGAUGAGUGGAAUAAAUGAAUCAUUGCAUUAAUUUGAAGGAAUUAGUAGAUUCAGAGUACAAGAGCAAGAUCAAUGGCAAAAUGCAUGCGUGUGGCCAUGAUGCUCAUGUCACCAUGCUGCUUGGAGCAGCUAGAUUGCUUCAAAAUAGAAGAGACAUGUUGAAGGGCACGGUUAAGCUCGUCUUCCAGCCUGCAGAAGAAGGCUAUGCGGGCGCCUCCCAUAUGUUAGAAGAAGGAGCAUUAGAUGCGGUUAAAGCAACAUUUGGCAUGCAUGUCUGCACAUAUUUGCCCACUGGUAUCAUCGGUUCAAGACCUGGUCCUAUUAUGGCUGGUGCAGGAAGGUUUACAGCAAUAAUGCAAGGGAAAGGCGGACAUGCAGCAUUACCACAUAAAAAUAAGGAUCCAAUUCUUGCUGUUUCUAUGGCAGUUCUUGCACUCCAGCAACUUGUUUCUCGAGAAACAGAUCCUCUGGAGUCUAGGGUUGUCUCUGUUGCAUUCGUAGAUGGUGGUGAGGCUGGAAAUGUAAUCCCUGGAAGUGUAAAAUUUGGGGGAACAUUCCGGUUCAUGACAUCCGAGGGUCAUUCCUAUCUUAAGCAAAGAAUCAAAGAGAUCAGUGAGACACAAGCAAGCGUACAUCAGUGUUCUGCCACUGUUGAUUUCGGGGAGGACUUAUUGAGUCCGUAUCCACCAACUCUGAACGAUCCCAAGCUCUACGAGCAUGCUAAAAAAGUUGGAGAAAACUUGCUCGGUGAGCAAAAUGUGCAGUACGCUCCAAUUACAAUGGGUGCGGAGGACUUCAGCUUCUAUUCCCAGAAGAUGUCAGCUGCAUUUUUUAACAUCAAGGCACAAAAUAAAACUGCCGUGUCUGGUGUUAAAGGUUUGCACUCCCCUUACUUCACUCUUGAUGAAGAUGUUCUUCCAAUAGGAGCAGCCCUCCAUGCUGCUGUUGCCAUUACUUACUCUGAGACACAUGUUCAGAAACAGUAGAAUACUAACAUUUUUGGGGAUUGAAAAAUCAUCUCGUUUGUAAAUGAAAGAUAUUGUGAUUUGACUUCUUUGUUAGUAAAAAAGCAUACAUGCAUUUUUUGCU